AUGUUCUUGUUAAGAUUAUCAGCUUUUUUUUUCGUAGCCGCAACGGUAUCAUGUAGCAAUAUCUGCCCUAACCCAACGGUUUCUGUUUCUAGUUUUACUACAGAAGAUGGCACAGUAGUCACCAAUGUUGCUUAUGUAAGCCAGUUCACUUUAAAAUGCAGCAACGGAGCUAAUGAUAUUCCCUUGUUCGCCGAAGUAAGUGGUAUCAGCCUCCCUGUUGUACAAACUGGUCUAGAAAGUUACCAAGUUAGUUGGGUUGAAGAAGUGAAUAAAGCCAGGAGUGGUGAACGUAACAUACUUCUCUAUGAUGAAGAAGGGUAUGCUAAUCUAAGGAAGGCUUUCAGAAAUGCAGAACAGUCCAAUGUUGAACCUCUUGAACAUACCAAGGACCAUGGUUGA